AUGUCAAGCCAUCGUGGGUCGCAAAGAAGUGGUGUGGGAUCCCAGAGAGGCUUUGACGGUUCCCAAAGAAGCCACGGGGAGCCUAAUGCAGGAUCCUCGGGAUCACAAACGAGUGCUCGGAGACCGCUGCCUGUAGGAACAAUAGAGGGGCAGCUCUACAGACACCCGAAAGAUCCCAAGUCUACAUUAAACCGCAAGGUCCUGACUUGGGAAGAUGAGUACCAAAAAACCCCAAAUCUCAGCAGUCUGUCUCUGUCAACAGAGCCGUUUCCUAAUCGACCGGAUUUCGGCAAGAGGGGCAAGCCUAUUCUCAUUUGGAGCAACUACUUCGAAUUACUGGUUGAUCCACGCCUCGUAAUGCACCAGUACAAGAUCGAGGUGCAGCCUACAGCUGUCGGCAGAAAGCUAACUCGCAUUAUCGAGUUGUUUCUGCAGCGGCCCGAGUCGAUUGAACGUUCGGACAGUAUUUUCAGUGACUUCAAGUCAUUGCUGUUCUCGCGUGUGCCUCUCGAUGAUGGUUAUACCGCUUGCAACAUUGUGUACCGGUCCGAGUUUGAGGAGGUGUCUCAAGAGAACGCACCGGUUUAUCAUCUUCGCCUCCAACUUACCAAAAUUCUCAGGGUUCGACAGCUCAUCGAGUACCUAACAUCGACCCACCUGACUACUGCUUUUGACGAAAAGCAUGUCAUGAUACAAGCUUUCAACGUCUUUUUGAACCACUAUGCCAAGUCUCAAGGCAAUCUGGUGACCCUCGGUAGCAAGACUUUCCCAAAGGACGCGGUGGGUAAAGACCUGGGCGGUGGCCUGCUGGCUAUACGAGGGUUCUUCUCUAGCGUUCGAGUCGCCACAGGUCGGCUCCUAGUCAACGUAAACCGACGACCAAAAGUUCCGCAGUUUGGAUCCGGCCCGAAUCAGGUACAGUUUUGGUUCCAUGAUCAGGGGCGAUAUGUUACCGUAUCGGAGUUUUUCUACAGAUCCUACGGUAUUAGACUGAACAGAGCGAACCUACCUGUGGUGAAUGUCGGGUCAAAAGAGAAACCUGUCUACCUUCCGCCAGAAGUGUGCGAGGUCGAGGUUGGACAGAAAGUUGGGUUCAAGCUCAACGCGGAUCAAACGAGCAGAAUGAUCAGUCAUUCCGUUCGAAGACCAGCUCCGGCUCACAAUGCCCUAUCCAUUGCUCGGGAUGGACUUCCAAUGGUUGGAAUGUCGCAACAGACCAACCUUUUGCUUGAUGCUUUCCACAUCAAAGUUGAUCCGACUUUUACCAGUACCCCAGGCCGUAUCCUGACAAAACCUCGAAUUGCAUAUGGAAACAAUAGAUCCGCUACAGUAAGUCCGUCGGCUUCCUGGAAUCUUCGUGGUCUAGCAAUGAGUCGACCUGCGACGAUACCCGCGAACACAUGGGGCUGGUUGUACAUUACCAUGAACGGAUACCCCCCUCCUUUUCAAUCCAUAAAUCCUCUCCAAACCGCCUUGGAAGCAUUUCGGGAAUCGCUGCGAAGAGCAGGUAUCAACAUUGGCGAACCCAGCCCAGGCAGCCGCCAACUCCAUCUGAACAAUGUCGAAGACCCCUCGCUGGAAGAUGUGCUCAAACCGGCCUCAGAGAGACUGCAAAUGAUCUAUAUAAUUUUGCCAGCCAAGAACACGCCUCUAUAUAACCGGAUCAAACACCUCUGUGACGUCAAGCUCGGGAUUAUCAACAUCUGUUCCGUUGGAAGAAUGCUCUUGGAGUCCAACGGGCGGCCACAGUAUUUCGGAAACGUAUCGCUGAAGUUCAACCUCAAAGCUGGAGGCGAUAAUCAGCUCGUGGAUCCAUCUCGACUUCAUUUCAUCUCUCAAGGAAAUACCAUGAUUGUGGGCAUUGACGUUGCACAGCCGGGCCCAGGCGCAAGCAGUUUGGCCCCCAGUGUUGCUGCUAUGGUCUCCAACAGCAAUGGAAAGCUGGGCCAGUUCCUAGCAACGUCCUGCAUCCAGAAAAAGCGAAGGCAAGAGAUGAUUGACGGUCAAAUGCUGAAAGAUCAUUUGAAUCUCUGGAAGACUGAGGGCAGACACACCACAUUUCCUCAAAACAUACUGAUCUGCCGCGAUGGUGUAUCCGAAGGCCAGUAUCAAAUUGUCAAAGAUCAGGAGCUUUCUCUUCUCCGAAAGGCCUGUGAGGAGAUGUAUGAUCCUGUGGGCCAGCAACGCCCGCGAAUCACCAUCGUCAUAGUAACCAAACGCCAUAAUACACGUUUCGGGCCGACGACAACAGAAACAGCUGACGGUAACGGUAAUUGUCUGGCUGGUACUGUGACUGAUCGUGGAAUUACCGAGGCUCAACAGUGGGACCUUUGGCUACAGGCGCACUCAGCUAUCCAGGGAGCAGCGCGACCUGCACAUUAUUUCGUCGUACACGACGAGAUAUUCCGCGCUGCUCCUCUUGCUCAGGGCCACAACGUCGCUGACACGUUUGAGGACGUCAUGCAGAGUUUGCAUUAUAUCUUUGGACGAUGCACAAGGGCUGUAUCAUAUGCCACUCCAGCGUACUACGCAGACAUUGUCUGUGAGCGCGCCUGCCGAUACCUGAGCUUCCUUUUCGACCCUUCGGCACAUUCAGACACUGCAUCCCUGAUGAGCGAUCUGGACGACGACGACGAUGACCAGCGCCGAGCCCGUCUCCAGGAGCUUAUCACUCCUCACCCAAGGCCCAUCAUUCUUUCUGCUGUCGUGAUCCCAGCCCGCCGACUUGAUGUGCUUGUGGCGAGCUUCUUUGUCGGUCCCAUGGAUCUAUGCAUCCUAUCCACGAUUGCCCUGGGCAUCAUUAGCAUCUGUGAUUGUGAGCUGCUAACGCCUGGUUCUCCGGUUAACACAGUGACGGCGGGUGUUUUGUGA